CGAGGGCCACCUCCUAUAUGCUGAGUUUUUGCCCUAAAGCUCAGGUUAGCAGUAGUACGGAAACUAAGAGUAGCCGUAACAAGACCGCGGUCGGUCGGUCGUCGUGGUCGGUCGGUCGGUCGGUCGCUCGGUCUACCGCCAGUCAUACCGAGCCUCGAGUCAGCCCGAGUUUAAAAUCCCAGCAGACGUCUUCGAGCGUUCGACCCACUACAAACUCGGGAUAGUAGUAGCACGUCGUAGCAGGCAUCGUCAAGUGCAACGCUACCAGCCUCUUAGUGCAUACAAUAGCUACAUGUAUAGUUACGCACCGCGAUUCGCUCGUCGUUAAAAUUCUUCACGCGGGCACUGACUGGACCGACCUCCCCAAGUCCGUCAAGAACCGUUUGGCUCAUACGGGGUGUAGUGUGCAGUUUCGAGGUGUUUUGAUGUUUGUUAAACAAAGAGACAUUUUCGAAAUAUCUAAUUGUUUCCCUGAGUUUUCCCAAAACCUUAAUUCCUUGGGCCGUGUCAGCUAGCGACGACGGAGGGAACAUGACAAAAGGUGGCAUCACUGGAGAUGUGUUGGAAGCGCGGACGGAGCCGCGUUCAUUGAUAUUGACGCCAUUUUACUAACCUUUUCGGCGCGGUGGAAUAAUUCAAGCGCUACGAAGCUAUUAAUUUGCGCGUGACCGAUCGUCGUUUAUCGGCAUACCCUGGACGCAUUUGCGGGAAGAGUAUUUCGAUAUAAUAUUUCGUAUACGAGAAUACGGCGAUCAGAUAGGAAUCACCCACUAAGGUGACCCUGCGAUCGCAGUCAACGUUAUUAUGGAAGAUGGAGACGGGGAGAGCAAAGUUAUGGAUACCGCAGCUGCUGCAGUCAACAAUGAAUGCAAGGAGACUGACUACGAAGAAUCAAACAACGAAACAAUUUAUUCAUGUUCAGACCAAAUCAAUACGAGUUCGUUAGAAAAUUUAUAUUCCUCAGAGUCUGAAGAUAACGCUAGCAAGAGCCUUGGUUCGUCUUCCAGAAUAGCAUACAAAGGUUUCAAAAAGCGCAUUCUUGCCCAGACGCAAGAAAAUCAACCCUCUAUAUUGCGGAAAGAAUCCGUAGAAAUACAAUUUCAAACAAAAGCCUUAAAUUCAAGAGGAGUCAAAGAGAAGAAGUUGGAUACUAAGAGAGGAAAAAUCACUGAGUACGCCCAGUACCUGGGGCUUCAACCUGCGGCAAAAUACAAGUGUUUGAAGUGUCAGUCAGGAGCGACUUUCUGUACCAUGUCGAUGUUGAAACAGCACCAGCGAAACUGUACCACAUCAAUGUCUCCGAUGCAGGGAGUUUUGGGAAGUCCCGAAUCUACCUCAAUGCCAAUAGCUACAAACUUUAGGAUUACGCGCAAAGUAUAUCUGUGCUCUGCUUGUGGCACGUACUUUGAGAACUGGAAUCUUUUCCUGCACAUGCGAGAGGUUCACAAGCGACACAUAUGUCUGUUUUGCCUUGGAAUGUUUGGUCAAGCCGAGAGACUCUCGUAUCACUUGUCAAGCAAGCAUAGUGUACCAGAGACAGAGUUUCAAUCUGUCGAAGAUUUCUAUAAUGCUUUCAAAGGUUCCUGCUACCUAAUUUGCUGCAAUUGUGAGAAAGUGUUUUCCGAGACUGAUGACUUUUAUAACCACUUUUGUUCUGUGCCACAGAGACAACCUACUGCUAAGACAUGCUCGGUUUGUCGGCAAACUGACUCGCAUGCUUCUUCUUGCGCUUUGGUUUCAGAAGCCCGACCAGUAACUGCGGAUACGACUCUGCUACCGGUAAGUAGCACCUUGUCUAUGAAAGCGCAAAUGCAAUCAGCAGUUGGGAAUGGAAAGGGUACGUGUAAACGAAUAAUACGAAAUAACAGGCUAAAGCCAAGCAAUUCGUCAAAAAUAUUCGAUUCCUCGGUUCAAAAACUAUUUGAGACUGAAAAGACAGAGGAAAAAGCACAGCUUAUUCCUGGAAAUGACGACGGCAGCGAAUCUUAUUGCGGCACAAGCGAGAGCUCUGAUACAGAGUUUCUCAUUGGCACUGCCAGAGAUACGGUGGCUGAAACGAUUAUGGAGGUUUCAAGAUGCAUCGAAAUGACAGGUGUUGACGAUUCAGCACGUAAAAGUGAGAAGCCAGAGGACGAAGCUUGCAGUAAGAAAUCACCACGAGAUGCCAGCACGGAGAGUUACGAUAGUGUGACAGAAACCAUUAUGGAAGUGUCGCGAUUUCACGGGGAUUCAAGUCAAGUAUCAGGUCAGGAUAGCAAACAGGAGUUGGAAGAUAGUUCCCAGUGGAAAGAGCCCAUAAAAAGCACAGAGUUGGUUCAAGUACAGGAUUUAGUGUCAUUGAGCCUGAAUCCGGAACUAGACGAACGACUCAAUUCAGCAGGUUCCAUCUGUAAUGAGUCAGCCAACGAGGAACCGAAUAGUAGCGGGAUGCCAGUUACUACUCAGAAUGAUGAGACCUCACCUCAGAUUCAAAGGCCUGACAGUCCUGUUAAAAGUUCAGUGUCACAUUCUUUAUUUAGUCCUCAACAUGAAGUACAAACUUUGGAUGAUAUUUUGAAGGGAACCCCACCCAAAGAAGAUGUGGAGAAGGAAGAAUCUGAGGCGCCUCUCGAAGAAGAAGAGCCUAAUGAGUCUACUGAAAAAGAAGAGGUUGACGAGUUUGGAGAACCUCAAACAUCCGUGUCGUUCAAUGCAGUUGCUGCGACAGAUAGAAGUCUAGUAAUUAAAAUCUGCACGAACAGAGUUUCGAAGUUCUCAGUAUCCAAUGCAAAUACCAUGGUUAACAGCAGAGAGAACUACAACAUAAAUCGAGAGUCGGAAGAGAAUAAUAAUGGCGAAGGUACUACAUCCGAAGAAAAGACACCGAAUUUAUCAGAAAUAGAAAGAGACAGUACCGGCGGUUAUCAAUUAGAUGCAGAGGAAAGUGACACUGACAGUGAGAAGCUAGCUGUCGUGGAUUGCCCCUUAGAUGAAACUGAGAAACUAGCCAAAGACACAAAUGAUGAGAAUAAUUCUGGGGGUGAGAAGUCGCGAGAUGGGAAUCAGGACAAGACUGACUUUGAAUUGGAUGGGAUUCUUUUAGCUGGCCAAGAAGUUCCAAGUAUAGAUCUCAAUGUUGAAGGUACUAUGGAGAGCAUGGAAAUUGAAACACUUCUUAAGCACUGUAUAGAAGCGGCAAGUCCGACUUGCAUCUAUUGCAACCACGCUCGCCAAAUAGCUGUGAAUGGAAGGCAGUUGGGACUCCACAUGCUAGCUGAACAUAGAUUCCUUCCCCAACAUCCUGCUAUUAUAAUCCACAGAGAACAGUUUAUAUCAAGGAUAAAGAAGGCCCUGCAAAGUAUUGAAGCUUAUUUCUUCAAUUUAGAUAGCUAUAAUUCUACAGCAGGCACAUACAACGUAUCCAACGGUAGAUCAUACGAAUGCUUUCACUGUCGCUUUCAUUCGUCGGUACACAAAGAAUUGUAUCUACAUAACAGAAAAAUGCACCAAAAGACCAUAUUAAUAUGUAUUAUGUGCAAGUCCACAUUUUACAGCUAUAGUGAAUUGUUGUGCCACAUAUGUCCAGGAGUUUACUCGCCCAAUAUAAACGUCAAGUAUCGCUGCUGUCUCUGCACCACUAAUAAUUUGCCUUCUGCGUUCCGGCUGAUGGUUCACCUUCGGAAGCGACAUCACGCGUGCGAUGUUUGUUUGGAAUCUACGGGAAACCAGCAGAGACUAUCCAACCAUGUCUGGAAACACAAACUCCAUCAUUUAUGCUACAGAUGUGGAAUUGCUUAUAGGAAUAAACCAGAUAUCACUAAGCACCUCUUUUGGAAACAUGGCACAGAGAGUGUUGUGUGCAAAAAGUGUUUGCAGAAGAAAUGGCCACACGUUUAUCAUUUUUGUAUCCCACCAACUGCCUUUGUCUGUGAAGAAUGCAACUCGAGUUUUUCUCGAGCAGUAGCUUUGAAGGUGCACAAGCGAUUACAUUCCAAUGAUUCACCUUAUAGCUGUGAGAAUUGUACUGCACAAUUCAUAUCAAAGAAGUUGAUGCUCAAGCACAAAAAGAAUCACAAAGAACAAGUUGAUAUCCGUGUAGAUGUUCCUGAUGAGACUCAUCGUCGGCUGCUCAAUGAUGAGGAAAGGUCUGGGAAAGAUAAAGUAACAAGUAAUGACAGUGUGGCAGAGAUAGUAGACGUUGUUAAAGAGAGCAAAGAAAGCAUUAAGAAAGUAGUCGAUGUUUACGAUUUGCCACCGUUGAAUUUAUCCUCAGAUAGUGACUCGGACAGCCAAGAUGAGAAAGGUCAACCUUCCAAGGGAUCAAACCAAGGAACUCCUGCUCAAGAUAUACUCAAACAAGAAUCCAAAAGUAUGGAUGAUAAAUUUGUGGAACCUGUUCACCUUACGCCGAGUGAGUUUACAAAGACUUCAGUUGAAAUUGAUCUGAUCGAAGACGAGAAAAAAGAAGAGGUUCAAAUAAUUGACGGGAUUUGGGAUAAUUUUAAGUCAUAUACGGCUAGUCUUGAAAUGAAAGAGUCAUCUAGUACGGAGAAAAAAAAUAGUGAUGAAGAAAUAGAAAUUUUGAGAAAGAUCAUAUUGUCUGAUCAUGACUAUUGUGUGGUUGCAUCUGAAAUGGAAAAAAUAAAUCCUUCAUCUGGUGAAGAAGGCGUAAAUGCUGGAAAUAGUAAGACUCACGGUACAGAACAUGAUUAUAAUGGUAAACCUUCCAAAAGCCCAGAAAUGCAACCAGCAGUCAUUCAAAAUGCAGGCUGUGAAAAUGAAACCAGUAAAAAGAAACCUAAAACGCCACGCAAGAAGAAGCAUAGCGGUAGCACGUCAUCAAGUGAUUCGUCCAGCAACAGCGAUUCCAGCAAUUGCUCAUGCGGAACUAAUUGUAGCUGCAGCAGCUCAUCAUCUGGCAGCUCUUCAUCUGGUUCCUCCAGUAGCUCAGAGUCAGAUAGCUCUGCGUCUGAGGGAUCACCUCGCAAACAACUCAAUCGCAAGGAUCGCAGAAAGUUCAAGGACUUGACGAAACGAGGUAACUCUGAUUCGGUUGAACCUGAUUCCAUUGUAGCGCCACUGCAAAUUGAAAACGGUCCCAGUCCUGCCGACAUGUGUAAUCCGGCACCUCCUCCAGACACUUUACUCAGAGAAUCCGAUCUUGAUACAGACGAGACUGAAACUGACGAAGACUUUUACGACGAACACCCCCAACAGCUUGCCAAUAGGCUAUUAACUGAAAAGCGUAAUCAGUUGACGCUGCUUGCUGCUGUUGCACCUGCUUCUUCAGAUUCACCAGUGACAGAGCACCUCAACAACGGAGCAAUAAACAUGACAGAACACAUUGUAAAACAAGCUCCCCCACUUAUUGCUGCAAGCCGUGAAAACACUCCACAGCCAAAGAAGAAAGCAAAAACAAAGAAACGGAAGAAAAGUGACAAAGACAAACAGCGAACGAGCACCCCAACUGUUGAAUCCAUAAAGUUGAACAUUCCGAAAUCCUUUUAUCAAACAAAACCGGGAUUUGUCUCAAGUACGCCAGAUUUUAUAACUGUUGUACCCAGCAGAUCUUCCACUCCAAACUUCUCGGGACCUGGCCCAGAAGUAUGUUCUGCAAAGGAAUCUCACACAGGGAACUCAAGUGCUAUUCACACAGUUGGAAGCGAAUCUGAAACUGAUAACAAACGUUCAUCGAAAAGAAAGCGAGUUCCGAAACGUUUUUACGGCGACUCGAGCGAUGAAGAUAGUGAAAAGCAACCAGCAUUGAAAUGGAGAAAGGUCGAACCCCCGCCACCUGCUCCUGCUCCAGCUCCAGUUACAAAUCUGAGACCUUUACAGACAGCGUUCUUUGAUAAGUCACUGCCUUUUGCUUCAGUUACAAAGCAUGUGGAAUCCCCAACGUUUGCAGUAUCUGAUAGCGAGUCUGAAGCACAGGCAGAUAGUAGUAGCGAUUCAAGUGGAUCUGACACUGAACUGCAUCAGCAGGAACAACGACAACAGCAGCCACUUCUACACCAGCAUCAUCAAUUGCAGCAGCAGCAGCAGUCGCAGGUGCAACAUUAUCAUCAUGAACAACAACCACCGCCGAUGCAUCAUCUACUGCAACACAACUCUCACACAACUGAGAAUAAUGCUCCAGUCUUGGAACGUUCUGACAAUUUAUAUUGCUAUUGCCAGUGUCCUUAUGACGAAGUAUCGGAAAUGAUCGCUUGUGACGGGGAUGACUGCCGCAUCGAGUGGUUUCACUUUGAGUGCGUAGGAAUAAUGGUGCCCCCAAAAGGAAAGUGGUAUUGCCCAGAUUGUCGGAAGAAGCAUGGCAUUGUUAACAGUAAUGACGAUUACUUUGAUUGAUAAUACCAACAACGAGCAUUCAACUAAAGAGUUGAAACUGCAUACAUCUAUCUUGAAGAAAACUGAAUCAUUUACGUUGAACUAUCAAAGUGAAAGAAAAGAAAUGACUCAGUCUGACGACAGAAUGCUUAGGCUCCCUCGUGCAAAAAUGUAUCCACGAGAUCUAUAAAGUGAUACGAGCCCAGGAGGUAGUCGAUCAAACUGUUGAAAUUGGUUCAAUACCCAAAGAUGUAGCAAAUGCUUCCAGGUAUAAUAGCUGACAUUUUUCUCCUUUUCGUCUCAUGAUGAAUAACGCAAUAGUGACCUGUGUUGAUAUUUUUCUCAAACCAGCAAUUGUUUGUAUAUAAUUGUAAAUAUAACGUAGAGUUUAUAACGAUGAAAUGAGGAUUUCCUGUAAAAAUUUGUUUGUACUUCUUUUAAUGCCAUCAGUGUAGAUUACUCUAGGUAAACCCUAAAAUCGUAGAGAAUAGCUCGCAUAUGUUGUACGAAAGUUCUGAUAACUGGACGGAAGUGAAAAUGGAAUGAAGAAGAUUUUAAAACAGUUAUAAAAUUUGUAAGCACUGAUGCGGUUGUUGUCACUGCUGGCAGUGUCUAGGCCUGUAUUCCUGUUACGUUCAUCCGUUUUCAGGUGCAAAUACUUCUAACCGGUGCUGUACUGCCCAACGCAUUUUUCCCUGUCUCACAUUAAAAAUUAUUACAUAGCUAAAAAAUUUUCCUAUCGCCGCGCGUAGCUAGCAUAAUAUUUAUUUUACAUACAUUUUCCGCUUAACACCCCCCUUCCCCCAGAUAUAUACUUGCAUGAAUUAUUUCUAAAGUACAAUUUUCAUUGAUUAAAAAUAGAUCAAUGACUUCAUAAUAAUUGUUGUCGUUGAUAAGGAUUAAACAUGCAGACACAAGGAAGCAAAGUUGAGCUGAUAUGAAUAUAUGUUCCACGUUUUGCGUAGCAAAAAUUCUUAUGCAAAUACAUUGUUGGAUUAAGCUAUUACUGUACGUGAUAAAGUAAUUCUAAGUAGUCUCAUUCUAGAAAAUGGAAUGUUCAAUCGAUUAAAUUACAAUUUUAGCAUGACUUACGACCGAGCAGCGAUUAACAAUUGUUAUAACGUUUUGUAUUUUACUGUUCAUGUUCAUUAUUCGCACUUAAUCAUUAUUAGUUGCAAUAUAUACAGUUAUCUUGAUAGUCAGUAAAGCUUAUUUAUAAUAAUACUUAUGUAUCAUUACAAUAACUUGUGUUGUACUUCACCUAUUGUUACACUAUGUAUUUAUGCCAGUAAAUUCCUGGUCAAUUAUUGUGUAUGUUACGUUCACUCUAGACUAUUUGUCACAAAGAAAAAUAUUUUCAAAAGUGAUUCUAGACAAAUAAUCUUCGCUUUGUUCCGCUUUAAACAAUUUAUAUCAGAUUCAAGUUUCUUUUCUGGGAAAGUACGAAUAAUUACUUUUGAUCGUUAUACGCAACAGCUUGGCCCAACUAGGAUGAUGUAACAUACGUAUAGUUUUUCUCCUAAUGGAGCCGAGAUUUAUACUUUGCGAAUGGUAGUGAUAUUCAACACUUUGCUCGUACCUCGACUUGGCUUAUCGUGUUGAACGACAACUUUAGAUUUAUCAUGUAAGAAAUAGCGGAAAUACAUUAGUAAAUGAGGCAUCAAUUUUUCGUUGAUAAUUUUUCUAAGUGAGGUGAUCCGGAAUUCGACAAGCGAGGCAAAAAUGAUAAGUUGAAUCAUAUUUCGACGCCAAAACAGUGAAACAAUCAGUUGAUCAAUUUUAAUAAAUGACCUUCCAACAUUCCGUAAAUUUGGAAAGUAAUUAACGAUAGACGGUUGAAACCGUACAUCAAGUAACUCGGUAUUUAAUAAAUAAUUAAGUGCAACAGUUCUACAGCGGUCCUAUAACACGUACAAUACAUAUAGUGAGUAGAUGAUCUCAUGUUAUAAAAGUAGUCUGUGAAAUUUCUAAUUUCGAUAUCACACGAUAAAAUUCACAAGUUGUCAAAACUCAGUGCUGAGCCAAACGAUGAGUGAAAAACUUGUGGAUGGAAACUGCAGUAGAUCUAUGAACGUUGCAGAUUUUAAAGAUGUAACCGCAUUAUGACACAUAACUUACUGAUAUUUGUCUUGUCGAAUUGUAUCAAUGUGGAGUAUCCUUGGCCGAUGAAAUAAUAUUCGUCUCCGCAGUGGGUUCGAUGCCCAAAAUUUCCACAGCAAAAUCUUUGUAAGAUAUAUCCUGUACCAUAAAAUAAUAUACUACUAUAAGCAAUCGAA